AUCGCACGGGUCACGUACUAACACUAAUCAAUAAAAGGCUCGGAUUAACUCGUCUUGUUUGGUUUUGCCCUAAUUAUGCCACAUUCACAACCUUGAACGUAUUGCGAUGGCACCGCGGUGGUGGGCUGGAAAAAAGCCGACGGAAGACGAGCAAGUGCGUCAAAUUGCUUCAAUUCGCCAUGAAAGUGAUUUGGUCGAUAAUGGCUUUUGCUUUGGAAUAUCCGAAAACAGCUUUCAUUUGGUCUUGAAAGCCAUAAUGCUGAAACCCCGGAAUCAACUGUUAUGGGAAACAAGGCGUUGGUUGCUUCAAGCGUAUGGGCGUAGUAGGAAGCUCGAAUUGGAUAUUUUAGGGCCUUGGACGUGCCUUUAUCUGACAAAGUUCCAUAGAUUUUGGCUUACUAAGGCAAUUGGGCCUGAAGCUACAAAGCAGGAGUUUGACUCUAUAAAGAAUUUUGUGGUAACCAACCCUGAUGAUUCUCGUUUGUGGUACAUCUUCAUUGAUAUUGUCCAGCAGUUUAGACUUCCCGAUUUGGGUGGCGAAUUUAAAUUUGUAGACAACUUCCUAACUAAUCAUCCGAUGGCUUGUGGUGCAUGGGCUUACAGAAAAUUGCUUGUUCAGAGUCCGUUUACGAAUAAGCUUGAAGCUCUGAAGUUCACAGAUGGCAUUUUACUUGGUAAUGAACUUGAGGACAUGAAGAAUGUUUAUGCUCACAAGGAUUACAGGACGUGUAAACAUUUUUGGUACUCCAGAAGGUUCAUUGCUGCGUCCUUCCCCAAGGAGCUUAGAACCAAUCUUGCAAAUUUGGAGCUUCAGUUUUCUCGUGAAGUUUUGUUGUUCGACAUCAAAAACUACUACGCCUGGUUCCAUAGGCGAUGGGUUUUUAAAAUACUCGGGACUAUCGAUAAAGAUGAUGAAUUGAAGUUGACAAGACACAUUGUUGAGAAGGAUGUAAAUAACAGAUGCGCCUGGUUUCAUAGAAAGUGGCUAAUUAAGGAAUUUGGAGGAUCAGAUGAUGAGCUUGAGUUUUGUAACGUGAUCCUUCAAAAAGACGUUUCUUGUGCCUUGGCUUGGCAUCAGAGAGCCUUUCUUGUUUUGGAGUAUGCUGAAAAUCUUUCUGACGAGAUGUGGGAGGCAGAGGUAAAAUAUGCCACAAGAGCCAUUUCUCGAGACCCCGAGAAUGAGUUCGCUUGGAAGUAUUUAGUGCUGUUGUGCGCACCAUGCGUCUAUUAUGACUCCAUGAUAGAUGAAGUUUUUUCUCUCUUUUAUCGCCAAUCAUGAAUGCGAUUAAUCGGCGCGUCAAGGAUAAAAGCAGUCUUUUUGUCAAUGUUCUUGGCACACUUCUAGAACUUUUAUGCUGCGGUUUACGACCAAGCCAAUGCAUUCGUGACAUGAUAACUAAACUAUGCUCGAAAGCUUCGGGAAUGAUGACGUCAUCGGGUUUAAAGGUCUCUAUUUGUGACUUUAUCAACAUCAUUAGUACUAUAUUGGUAUAUGUCGAUCCCACAAAAGCUCAUUUUUGGGAAUGUCUAAAGUCGGAAAUGAUAACCAAUUAUGAAAAGUAUGCUCUAGUGGAAGUGUAGAACAACUUGGGCAGAAGGGGGUUGAAAAUCAAUCAUUUUGAUGCUUGUUAUGUAUUUAAUGAAAUUGGGAUUUGUGUUGUUAGGAACAAUGGUUUUAUUGUAUUUGAUAAUAUAUUUGUCGACGGCCUGCAUGUUUGGAGAUUAUUUUGUGUUGGUCGAAUAUGCAAUGGACUGCGCUUGUA